CCCGUGGGCCCUCCGGGCGAGAAGGGCGAGCCCGGCCGCCAAGGCCUGCCGGGCCCGCCCGGGGCGCCCGGCCUGAACGCGGCCGGGGCCAUCAGCGCCGCCACCUACAGCACGGUGCCCAAGAUCGCCUUCUACGCCGGCCUCAAGCGGCAGCACGAAGGCUACGAGGUGCUCAAGUUCGACGACGUGGUCACCAACCUCGGUAACCACUACGAUCCCACCACGGGCAAGUUCACCUGCUCUAUCCCGGGCAUCUACUUCUUCACCUACCACGUCCUGAUGCGCGGAGGGGACGGCACCAGCAUGUGGGCUGAUCUCUGCAAGAACAACCAGGUGCGUGCCAGUGCCAUUGCCCAAGACGCCGAUCAGAAUUAUGAUUAUGCCAGUAACAGUGUGGUUCUUCAUUUGGAGCCAGGAGAUGAAGUCUACAUCAAACUAGAUGGCGGGAAAGCACACGGAGGAAAUAACAACAAAUACAGCACAUUUUCUGGAUUUAUUAUUUAUGCGGACUGAUAACGCAGAAACUAAGCUUAUUAUUCUGAGUUUGGACACUGGAUUCGUAUGGCUGACGUCACUGAAUCAAGGAUCCCAGGGGAUGCCAGUUGCGGGGCACCUCAGUUGUGUAUAUGUGGGGAAUUCAAAUGCUACCUGACUCACAUCUGU